CAAGUUGUACAUGACAUUCGCUGCGAGCCGACCUCGCGCAUACCCCGCCCGCAACAGAACCAUAGUCGUUCCUUCAGCUUCUUGCAUAUAUUACACUGGUGUCGAACUCUCCUUGGGCUGUCGCUUCCCCCGACUAACGCUGUUCUUGGAAUGUGCUUGUGAUUCAGCCUGCAAUAACUACGCGGAACCAGGAUUCUUCAUCCGGGAGCAUAAUUGUCUCUUCUUGGAACCCGGGAUAUACCUAUUGCAUCUUAUCUUGCCUAUACCCAGGGACCUGCCAUACCAUGUCGGACGCCAUGCAGCAUGACCCAUCCAGACGCGAGACCAAGAAGGAAUUCUUUGUUUCUGUAGAGCUGUUCGUGUCAAACAAGGCUUCGAUGGGCUUGCGCAAGCCUGUGCCGCCUCCACCUCGCAAGAAGGGCGAAAAGCGUGAAUCUCUAAGAGCAUCGGAUGACAGCCAAAAGAAGCUAAAGGAAAAGUCCAGCUGGCUUACGCUGUCUCGCACUGCUGCAGGUGCCGGGAGCUGGAGACCUGCCACCUGCAGACUAUCUGAGGAAGAGGACGGGUGCCUCAUGAAUGUCUACAUCGACGAGACCACGCUGUACCAGACAAUCUAUGUUCACCUGCUGAACCAUACUGACAUUCGCCCCGCUGACCGCUCAUUAUUUUAUCGGAAAGAUUGUGUGGGUAUACACUGCGUCAGUGGACAGCGCUGGAGCGUCUUACCGAGUUCAGAACCGCUCUAUCUCCAUUUUAAGAACACCGAGGCGGCCAAUACCUGGGUAACACUGAUGCGUUCAUAUGCGAUGCCUGAGAUAUACGGGCGCUAUUUCUCGCCCUCGGACGGGGGUCUUUAUCGCAUGUGGAGACAAGUCGAGUUAACCAUCAUCCAAGGACGUAAUCUCGGACAGUCGAAGUUGUACGAUGAACUUGCGAUAGCUAACCGCGGCGCGGAGGACCCAGGGAUCGAUUUACAAUUGGAGACCGACGGCGCAGACAUGGACGUCUACUGCGAAGUGUAUAUCAACGAAGUUCUAUCAGGACGGACCACUACCAAGAGAUGUCCUGGCUCCACGGACUGGCAUGAGGCAUUCGCUUUCUGCGAUCUGCCGCCCUUCGAGAACCUAGAGAUCCUUAUCUGGCGAGAGAAGAAGCUCACGAGACCCAUAUUGAUGGGCAAUAUCCAAGUAUUCCUCAGCGACUUCCGGCGUGGAGAAACUGUCGAGGGAUGGUUCCCUGUUCUUUUUGGCGACAUGGGCGCCCCCUCCAUUCAUGUUGGUGAUCUCAGGCUCAAGCUAAAAGUGGAUGAAGAGAUUAUCUUACCUCUCUCAGCUUAUUCGGACCUACUGGAAACGCUGUAUUCACGGAAUUGCCUGGACUGGAUGAGUGAUCUGGAAGGGAGGUUACAACUGACCAGCCUGUCUUCCCAAGUGCUCUCCAUCUCCAUCGCUAGGAAUGUGUUACUCGAUCACAUCUUUGAGCUCGCUGAUCGCGAAGUAGAUGGCACACCCCAUUCCCACAAUACGCUAUUUCGGGGCAAUACUGUACUUACCAAAACAAUGGAGAUGUCAAUGGCCUGGUAUGGCAAGGGCUUCCUUGAGGCUAGCAUAGGUCCCGUCAUUCGAAGGCUGUACGCAGAGCGGAUCACUAUAGAAAUCGAUCCAGCUCGUUCUCAAGGCAGGAGCGCGAAAGAUAUCGAACGCAAUGUUGAUCAGCUCGUUUACUGGUGCCAGGAGGUUUGGGGUAACAUAUACUCCAUGCGAGGUGAAUGUCCAGUGGAAAUGCGUCGACUUUUCUCUCAUAUCAGGCAGCUUGUGGAGAAACGAUAUCAGGUCAAGGACAUGCCUAACGAUAAGGGACGCGAGUUACCUUGGCAGAGCGUCUCUGCUUUCUGCUUUCUCAGGUUUUUCGUUCCAGCUAUUCUACAUCCGCAUCUCUUUGGUCUUUGCCCUGGCCUUCCAGAACUCUCUGUCCAGCGUAGUCUUACCCUAAUUGCGAAAGUCAUACAGAGCUUGGCAAAUCUGAAUGCAUCUGUCCAACGGGAAGAAUUUAUGCGUGGAGUGAAGAACUUUCUUACCAGCAGUCUUCCAGCCAUGAUUGACUAUAUCCUGGUCGUAUCGACGUUGGAGAGCGAAAAGGCCCGUGGACCGUAUCAAUAUUCACCGGAUAGGCAUGAGCGAUUACAUGUCAUGAAUUCGCUACAGCGGCGAGGCCCCGGCAUGCCACUGCUUCAUCGAGAAGCCAUUCCACUGCUGCCUCAUUUGCUGGACAUACCCAGACACCUUGCGAUAAUCACCUCUGCCGUCAUCAGACACUCAAGAUCGUACCCACGCCAAAGUUCGAAUGACCCAGCGGAAGCCCCGCUGGACGCAUUCUGUGCCCGAUGCUUCGAGAUAGAGCAGCGCGCUCUCCAUCGUGUGAGUCAUUUGGCGGCCCGCCACAAGCCUUCAGAUCCCCUAUCCGUCAUAGGCACUCCACCCACGCGGAUAUGCUAUCCGCUGAGUCACAGGCAGAACUAUCGAACGCAGGGUCCACGGAUCAUCCUGCGUCACCGACUACAACUUCCAGUAACAUUUAUCGGGUGUUGUCAGAGGACUCGUCUCGUAUAG